UCCGGUUGAUGGCAAACUAGAACACAAUUGGAUCUAGACUCACCAUGGAGCUUAUCUGAGAAAUAAUUGAUCCCUAAUAAGCCUACACUUUAAGACGGACAGAUGAUCAAAAUGAAGAUAAUUGAGAAAGAGAAUGAAGCAGGUGUAGGGGAAAGAAAAUCCGAAAAAGAUCAGAGCUGGAUCCCAAAGAUGAUUAAAAAGAGAGUAUGCACUACCUUUGUGGAGGACUCAUCUAGUAAUGGGGCUUUGUGCCAGUGUGGUGGAGCACAGGAACUUCAUGCAUCCACAACGGCUGGUGAUCAUGUGAUCAGCCAGUGGGACAGUGAACAACACACCUCUGAAUGCCCCACUGAUGCCUUUGGACAGCUGGAGUUUGCUGGAGCUGGACGCAGAAACAGUCCAUUUCUACGUCUGGCACACGAUACACCUCCAGACAAUGUUUACUCGCUGAUGACAUCGCAGUGGGGCCUGCCGGUACCCAAUCUGGUGGUGUCUGUGGUUGGAGGAGAGGGAAAAGAGAAGGUAAAACCUUGGGUGCGAGAGGUGAUCAGACAGGGUCUUGUCCGGGCUGCACAGAGCACAGGGGCUUGGAUCAUGACAUCAGGUCUGAGGGAGGGCGUUGGUCGUUGUGUAGGUGAGGCAGUAAGGGAUCAUUGUGCAACAGCUUCAUCUCUUUCCCAGGGCAAAGUUAUAGCUGUUGGUGUUGCACCCUGGGGCUUGAUAUACCAACGUCAGCAACUCGUAAACCCACAGGGUAGUUUCCCAGCACGGUACUAUGUGCACAACAUGCCCCGUGAGUCCAGCUGCCUGGACAACAACCACCAGGCCUUCCUCUUGGUGGAUGAUGGAAGUGUAGGAAAGAGAGGUUGUGAAACAAUGUUCAGAGCCAACCUGGAAGACUUCAUCUCCCAUCAGCGCACUGGCAUCUGGGGUAGUGGAAGCAUUGAGAUUCCUGUUUUGUGUGUGCUGAUCGCAGGAGAUGCUGCAAUGCUUGAGAGAGUGGAUUUAUCUCUGAAAAAUAGCACUCCAUGGUUGGUGCUGGCAGGGUCGGGUUCAGCGGCAGACUUGAUAGCAUCAAUACUGAAGGAUCUCGACAUACCUCUGAGUCCACCGGGGAGUCCCACUUUGCCAACCGCUUCCGAAGAAAGUAUGAAAAGAGCCAGAGUUGAGCUCAGGGACAGAGUGAGAGAGAAGAUUAACAAACACUUCCCAUCUGAGACUGACCUGGAGAAGCUUGUGGAGCAGGCACUUAGUAUCUACCACAACAGAGAGCUGAUCACCGUGUUUCAUGGAGACCUGGAAGGGCGAGAUGACUUUGACAGAAUCAUCCUAAGAGCUCUCGUAAGAGCUGCUAAACGGGAAGCUAAUGAUGCUAGCGAGUACACUGAAGAGCUGAAGCUGGCAGUGGCCUGGGACAGAGUGGAUAUCGCCAAGAGUGAACUCUUUAACGGUGGCAUCCAGUGGAGGUAUGAAGACCUGGAGGAAUCAAUGACUGAUGCGCUGGUGAACGACAAGCCCCAUUUUGUGCGUCUGUUUGUGGAAAACGGCUUGAACAUACUGGACUAUCUGACGUACCAUCGUUUAGAGAGUCUUUACGGCUCAGUGUCGGACUGCAGUCUGGUGUCGUCAUUCCUCCAGAGGAGGCUGCAGGAGCGAGUGGAGUUAGCUGGCUCUCAGACCCGUUUAACUUUACCAGAUGAGAAUUCAUCUUUCAAGAGCCACGCCACCACCCUCACCACCCCAUCCGCUGCUCGAGACCUCACUCUGUAUGAGGUUUCACGGGUAUUAUCAGAAAUCAUGGAAGAUGUCUGUCAGCCGUUUUACUACGUUACUCUUGGAGUAGAACACAGAUGGGCCUCAAGGAAAGCAAUGAAGCAUGUGAAUAUGUUGCUUCAAACUGAGAGUGUGUACCGGAAACAGCGCUGUAUGUCUCCUUGGAUAUCUCUGUUCAUCUGGGCCGUUCUUCAGAAUCGCAGAGAAAUGUCUAUCUACUUCUGGGAAAUGGCGGGGGAGUCGGUGCUAAGUGCUCUUGCCGGAUGUAAGAUACUAAGAGAGCUCUCCAAGUUGGAGACAGAGACUGAGACCAAGCUCUCAAUGAAAGAACUUUCUCAAACCUUUGAGAAUCUGGCUCAUGAUGUGUUUAGUGAGUGUUACCAGAGCAAUGAGAGCCACUCUUUCAAGCUCCUGAUCAGACAGUCACCUGUAUGGGGCAGCGCCACCUGUCUGCAGAUGGCCACCGCGGCUGACGCUCGCCUCUUCUUCAGUCAUGAUGGAGUGCAGACUUUACUGUCAGAGAUAUGGUGGGGGGACAUGGACAGCAAUACAGAAGUGUGGAAACUCCUCCUCUCAUUUUUCCUGCCUCCCUUUAUCUACACCGACCUCAUCAGUUUCAAGGAGCAGGAGAAAGAUGAAGAGCCAGAGGAAUUCCAUCCGGGUAAAGAAUUUGACAGCAUCGAGGGAGCCGAGUCAUUGCCUGAUGGCAUAAAUAUGGAGGAAGAUGUGGAGGAAUGUAAUCCUCUAAAAGGAAAGCCGGAAGCAUCAAGAGCUAUCACUCAAAAACGGCCUUUUAUAUUGCACCGAUGGCGGCAGUUCUGGUUUGCACCGGUCACUUCGUUUCUAGGCAACGUGUUGAUGUACUUCCUCUUCCUGUUCCUGUUUGCUUACAUCCUAUUGGUUGACUUCAAGCCCCCGCCUCCUGAUGGACCCGCCCCUUCAGAGCUUGUGUUGUAUUUCUGGGUUUUUACUCUGGUCUGUGAGGAAAUUCGACAGACUUUUUUUGUAGGAUCUACCACUGUAUUUCAAAGGAUGAAGUUGUACAUCCAAGACAUCUGGAACAAGUGUGACAUCACGGCCCUCACGCUCUUUAUUCUUGGGCUUCUCUGCAGAAUGUUUCCGUGGACGUAUAAUUUUGGACGUGCGGUACUGUGUGUCGACUAUAUGGUCUUCACGCUCAGACUCAUUCAUAUAUUUGCAGUUCACAAACAACUUGGUCCCAAAAUAAUCAUAGUUGGCAAAAUGGUGAAAGAUGUGUUUUUCUUCCUGUUCUUCCUGGGGGUGUGGUUAAUGGCAUAUGGAGUAGCCAAUCAGGCGCUGCUGUACUCCUAUGACUCUCGGUCUGGUUGGGUAACUCGGCGCGUGUUCUACAGGCCAUACAUGCACAUAUAUGGGCAGAUACCACUGGAUGAAAUUGAUGCUGACAAGAGACACGAGAAAGAGUGUACAGACAACGUCACGCUCAUCCAUCAGGGGGCGGAGCCAUGCCCACAGUCUGAUUCUAACUGGCUGGUUCUUAUUCUGCUGUCAAUCUACUUGUUGGUCACCAAUAUUCUGUUGGUGAACUUGCUCAUUGCAAUGUUCAGUUACACAUUCAAUAAAGUUCAGGAGCACAGCGAUGUACACUGGAAGUUCCAGCGCUACAACCUAAUCUCAGAGUACCACUCACGCCCCUGCCUCUCCCCGCCCUUCAUCAUCAUCUCCCACCUCCAUAUCUUCAUCAAAAGAGUCAUUCAGAGAUUGCCCUCCAAUAAGAACCAACACUUCAUGUUGGACCUGAACAGCAAAGAGGCCAGUUUGCUGAACAUGUGGGAAUCGACACUGAAGGAGAACCUGCUUUCCACGCAAGGCAAGAGACAACGAGAGAGUGACACGGAGCGGCUAAAACGCACCUCCACAAAGGUGGACAGCGUCCUGAAGCAGAUGUCGGAGAUUCGCGAUCACGAUCGUAGGUUGAGAAAGCUGGAGUCAGAGGUGCAGUACUGCUCUACUGCCCUCUCCUGGAUAGUGGAGGCACUGUCUCAGAGUGACUUUGUAAAGAAGACAGGUCCACCUCCUCUUCCUUCCAAAGGUAUUGCUUCUAAACGGCCCACUUUUUCCAGAUGAAAAUGAUGCUGAUAAUGCAGAUAUGCAAACGUGUGGUUAUUUUUUGUAUGAUUCUUUGUGCAAUUUCAGCUUACUGACAUGUUAUAUGUCAAGAACACGUUGUUUGUAUCUGAUUUUUAACAUUGCAUCAGGAAGAAAAAUAUGAUUUGUUCUAGUUAAGUUUAUAAAUAUAAUGGGCCCUAUUUUAACGAUCUGAAACGCAUGUGUCAAAGCGCGAAGCGCAAGUAAGUUUGUGGGCGGGUCUCGGCGCUGUUGCUAUUUUCCCGGCGCGGUAAAUGGCUCUUGCG